CCGAAAGAUAUAAAUUACUAGUGCGACCGCGAGAGAAGAAAGUAUAGGGAGCUCUGUUCGUCUGUUCCUGCGUAGCUCCAAUGGCGUUGAGGAACUUCUACAACGAGAUCAGAGGACUCAAAGUGAAGGAUCUACCUAAUCAUCUGAAGCCAAUGUUCACCAACGAUUACGUGAAGCAAGCGAUCAAUAGAGGCUUGGAUAACUAUCACCGCAAAUACAUCAUGACUGACUCGAUCGAUCCGCUCUACCAUGUCUGCUUCGGUGGCAUGAUCUUCUCCUACCUUGUCGCUCUCCCCGAAGAGCGUCGUCACCUCGAACACCAGCAGCACGCCAAAGAGCAUGGCGGCCAUUAAAUCCCUAGCUCAUCAAUCGGUCGAGGUAUGCGCUUGAUUGCUUGUUUAUUGAUUUUUUUUCUCUUCUUUAUUCAGAAAUUGAACUUUGAAUUCAUUAAUGGAUGAAAGAUUACAAAGGUUAUAGAGAUUUGUUGUUUUCAUUUGUAUCUUGAAGAACAUCUCGUUAAAAGAUGGGCAUCAAUCAUUAGGUCUCUGUCACAACGGAAAUAUUUGCAAGAAAACAUUUGAUUCGAUAAGACCUUCCGGAAUUUUGUGCGAUAUUGACAUCAGAAGUUGAGGUGCCGAGAAACUAGUCUGUUGGCGUACUUUUCUUUUGAUAUUCUGAUUUCUUUUCAAAAUUUGGUUUCCACAUUGCAUAUGUUGAACUAAGGAAUAGCAUGUCGAAGAAGUUGCCUUAUUUUCUCAAAUUCCUCUUUUGCCAUGUGUGAGACAUUGAGAGAUUCUCUUUGUUGUCAUUAUCCAAAGCUCCUUUACUAAUCUAGUUAGUGGAUUUGGGUGGAUGAUGUCAUUUUCUGUAAGUCACUCCUUGGGUCGUGCAGCUAGUUUUGGGUUACUCACUCAAAAUCCCUUUCACUUUUCCAAAAUGAUGGAUUUUUUUUUUUUGGCUGAAUUAAAUGCUGCAUUUCAUUCAGCAUUGUUAAUAUCGACAUCAGAUAUCGAUAGGAUUAGCAGCUAGUCUGCUACUGUAGAAAAGAACAGAUGAACACCCAGACAAAUUAAGAAAUAACUUCCCCCCUUCACUAUAUUUAGCCUUAUUUUAUUUUACUCCUUUUGAAAUGUCAUGAUUUACUUUGGAUUUAUUGACCGUAUUAGAUGACAAUAUUUAAUUGGAUUGAGGAAUAUUAGGUCAAGAAAAUAACGUUUUAUUCUUGAAUUCUUCUUUUGGGAUGUAUAAGAGAUUGAAUAUGCCCUUCCUGGAAAUAUCAUUAUUAAAAGCAUCUCCACUGGUCUAGUCAGGGGAUUUUGAGUGUGUGGGAGUCAUUUUCUAUAGAUCAAUCUUUGGGCCAUACGGCCAGCUUUUGGUUCCGAGUAAAAGUUUCUGUUACACUUCCAAGUUGCUGUUGUAGAAGACAAUAGUUGAUCUGGAAUAGGAGGUCCAUUAAGUAGCAAAUUUUCUCCGCUUAUUAUUUUGGGACGUGAGAAAUUUUAGAUACACUUUCAGGACAUAAUCAUUACCGAAAGCACCUUCACUGAUCUAGUUAGUGGAUUUUGAAUGGGAGUCAUUUUAUAUACAUCAGUCUUGGGUCAUGCAGCUAGUUUUUGUUUCCAGUUGAAAUCCUUGCAAUAGGUCCAAAAUGCUUCAUUUUAUUUAGAAAAUGCAAUGAUGUUAAUUUCCUAAAUGCUUGGUUAGAAUGUUUAUGUAUGCAUUGUUAUUUGUUAUGCAUCUGUUUGGUUUCUGUUUUAGGUUAGGAAGAAUUAGGUAAAAUACUGUUCUGGACUGGGGAGAAGUUGUGAAAGAGAUAUGGAUGACCUUGGUUUGACAGGAUUUGUGUAGCCAACAGGAAAAAGGAUAAAUAUUCCAUUAUAUUUACAAUAUAAAAAAGGAUAAAUAUUACAUUUAUAUCAAACACAUUCCCAUGGUUUAGUCAUCAUCAAAAACCGAAUAGACAAUUCCGCAACAGGAACUAGCGUUGGAGUUGCUGAGCAGGAGUAAUGUAAGACUAUCUACCAAGGUAAACAGUCCCAAAUAGUUCACAAACUCCAAAUUAAACUCAAAAAUCAAGUUCAGAUAUUAACAGUUUACAGUAACCAAAUCUGGAAAUUAGGGCUGAAUAGAGAGAAAUUUAGGUACUCACAUACCUAGUCUCAGGUCAGCCUCGUAAGCUGUUCGAGAAGCUCCAAUAGGGUCUAACAAAACCCCAAAACUCUGGCUUUGAAUGACUGAAGGUGGUGAAGAUAUAACCCUAGGCAAAAAUUAGGGUUUUAAGGUAGGCUAUUGGGAGAAAAUUGAUGACAGCCACAGCAGGCCUCAAAAAGGCCCAAUCUCUUGGCCAAGUGGUCCUCUAAUGACCCUUGAUCAAACCCUAAAAGGGCACCAGCAGCAUGUCUCAGAAUAGGGAGAUCUGAGAAAUCGGUCCAACUCCAAAACCCUGACACAGGCUAUAUCGAUUGGGUGUUCUGGCUGAUCUGCAAUCUCAGGUUGCGACUUGUCUUCUAGGCUUCAACAAUGCUUUAACAGGUGCUAUUUGAUCACUCAAGCACACUCUCACAACCAGCAAACAAAAGAAAAGAAGAUAGGGGAAGAUAGAGAAAUUGUGGGAUAACUGUGGGUGGGGGUUGGGCUGUCUCAGCCCUUGGGUCUCUCACCCACAGCUAUCUUAGCUGUUGAGGGGGAAAUUCUUUCUCAGAAUUGAAGCAAACAUUGCUGGAAAAUUUCAUUAAUCAAUAGGUGUUUCAGCAGUUACAAUGGCCUCUAUUUAUACUUGAGGCUUGGACUCAAUUACAUAGAAAGUUCUAAAUUAGGAAACAACUGAAAAUUAGAAACUUUGAAUUCUAGACUCUAUUGCUAAAACUAAAACCUUAGAGACCAAGAAACAAUAAACAUAGAAAUAAAAGACCCUUCUAGAACUAAAUACUAAUUGCAUUUCAGUGCUUGACUAAGUCAAACCACUAAAAGACAAAGCUGUAAACAGAAAUCAGUUGAUAAUCUCUUGGUCUUUCUAGUUGCUGCUGCUGCUCCAAUUGAUUGCUAGCUGUUGGGGCUUCUAGAAGGCAUCAUGUGAAGACAGAUUUGUGGAGAAAAAUAGCUGCUUGAGGGAGGGAACAAGGAUGGUUCGAUGGCUACAAAAUUGAACCAGAUUUGAAGCAAAAUUUGGGCCAGGCUUAGGCUGGCUCGAUUGACCCUAAUGCUGGUCUUGGCCCUUUUUCUUCCUUCUAUAAUGUAUGCCAUACAUGGAUCAGCGUCAGCAUCUACAUCAAGGAGCAAGAGCCGGAGUCACUGGAGCAGUAGGUCAAGGGUUUCAUUUUAUUAUCUGAGCUAAGGGCUUCUACAUCUUUCGAUUUUGUUGGGUCCAAGUGAUUUGAUGUAACUUAGUGUACAUAAAUAAUGUACAGAAGCCCAGAGAAAAUAUAAGAAAUGGAAUAAAAUUCUGCAUCUUUCUAUUUUA